AUGGAAACCAUGUCCACUGAAGAGCAACGCAAGUUUGGUGAGAAGCUAGCUCGGAUGCAAAGGACGUUUAUCUGCCCCAACUUCGGGUACUUCAGAAACACCUGGUGCGGCGAGUCGCUGCAGAUCAACGACUGGGAAGACGACUGGUGCAACUUGUUCUCCAAGCACAGGCUGGGCCAACAGGCAGAGAUGAUCCUGGAGAAGCACCGGGAUCACGAGGUAGCCACCAAGGUGGAGAAGCUCAGGAUGAACCUGCGCGAGAGGUUCUUCAAGGAUUUGAAAAUCACGCCUAGCCUCCUGCACGGAAAUCUGUGGAGUCGAAACUGGGGUGUGGACCACAGCGGCAAGCCCGUCAUCUACGACCCCGCAGUCUACUUCGGCCACUACGAGAUGGAGAUGAGCAUGCUGACGAUGUUCGGAUCACCUUGCAAAGGCUUCUUCGUCAAGUACCACGACCUCCUGCCGAGGGAGGAACCGGGUUACCAGGACAGGAUACUGCUCUACCAGCUGUACCAUUACCUCAACCUGUACCUGCAGCAUGGGAGAGACUUCCGCAGCCCGUGCAUGGCGUUGGUCAAGACUCUUCUUGCCCCCAGCAUUCCUAGCGGCAGCAGCAGCGGGUGA